AUGGCUAAGCUGUGUGUUGUAGACCAUCAACCGUUUUCGUCGGGCUAUAGUACCUUUCCGGUGCCUAGCUGCGAUGCCACCCGAAGUAAGCACGGGGACGGAGAUACUGCUAGGUUGCCCAAGCCUAGACAUGAGAAGUCGCGAGGCGGAGGUCAAGUUCGAACCACGAACUUCCGGCUUGGACAACCUGGCACUAUCCCAGACCUCAUGCUUCUUACUGGUGGCAUGGCAGGUAGGCACCGGAAGGGUGCUACAGCUGAACGAUUCGAUACCACACACAAGACCUUACUCUAUGCGUAG